UUUGUGGCUCGAGACGCAGACGUAAUUUAUGGCGUUCGCCUCCAGGAGUCACCAGAAGUCACCUAGCGGAGGUAUAAAAGACCCGCCAGGUAAACAUCAGGCAUGUUUCAUUUUAGAGUCCGGUUGAGCAGCAAGGAAAAAAAACAUUCACUCCUAAAGACAAACUGCAGCCUACAGACUGUUUGAAAAACGACGAAGAAAAACCUGCGCGAAAUAUGAGAAGUCUAUCGCCGGUGUUGGUUCUCGCGAUAGUUCUGAUGCGUAACAACGGGACGUCGGCCAGGAGCCUGCGGGGCUCGAGCUCUGCGGAGUGGCCCCUCGCGACAGGUCGCGGACCGACCAGUUUCUCAGAGCUGACGGUGGCCAAGAGGACGGAUUUAACGGACAUCUUACCGGAGAACCACAACCCGUGCAUCUCCCUGAGAGGGAACGACGAGCAGCGUCAACUGCUCUGCAACGACCGGCGGAGUCCGUUCAACUACAAUCCGUUCGGGCUCCGCUUCGGGAAACGGUUUCUGCCCGUGAAAACCGACCGCUUGUCUCAAGGAAGUCUCGCGAGACCGAGGACGAUAACUUUUUUACCCGUUUUCCUCAACCCGCGAGAUUUGGAAAUCACGACCUAAUGAAGUAGCCGUGUCCGCCUGUCCAGCAGUUUUCGGGUUGCAAGUCAAAUAUUUCAAAUUAAUGUCGUUAACUUCACGAUUUGUGAUAUUCCUAUCCCAUCUUUUACAAUCUUGUGUUAUUUUUUCCCAUGAAUAAACCUUUUGUACCGUUCUUGUGUGGUGAUGAGUUACUUACCAAA